UGCAAUUAGGAACCACUAUUUGUUUCUGUUGUACGUGUUAACAUUCGAACAAAAAACCCCUUUCGAAUGUAGUACAUAUAUUUAAUAUUAUAUAAAAAAAAGCACGAAAAAAAAGUGUUAAAAAGUACGGAAAUGUAAAAAGGUGUUAAAACAAUCUUUGAGUUUAAGAAAAUCUUAAAACACGGGAUCAUUUUAAUGUUUAAAUAAUAAAAUGAAUUUAAACAUCGUAGCAAAUAAACUUCUGGAUUUCGUACAAAGUAGUGGAUCGUGGAACCCGUGGUUGCGAUGGAUUUUACGUUUUCUAGCCUUGUCCCAGGCUUUUUCUCCUGCUGGAUGGCCUAAAUCCUAUCAUUUAAAAGAUGGCGAUACCUUCGACUUUAUAGUGGUAGGAUCGGGGUCUGCGGGAGCGAUAGUGGCCACACGACUCAGCGAGAUAUACCACUGGCGAGUCUUGCUGCUUGAGGCUGGUGGGGACCCACCUAUUGCUAGCGUGGCACCAGGGCUGUUCACUCUGCUGGCUCAUACGGAAUAUGAUUGGGACUAUAAAGGAUACCUUGACCCAGGUGUGGGUCAAGUCCAUCCUGAAGGAUACAUAGGAAUGACGCGAGGAAAAAUGUUGGGAGGCUCUUCUUCUCUCAACUAUCAAAUUUAUUCUCGAGGUGUACCAGAAGACUUUGAUAGAUGGGGCGAAGUAGCUCCAGGGUGGAACUGGAAUUCAGCUCUGUAUUACUUUAAAAAAUUCGAAGGAAUGACCGACGAUUCAGUUCUACAAAAUCAUAUAGACGCAAAUCUUCAUUCUACAAAUGGCCCCGUACUAGUAUCUAGACCUGAAAGUAAUUCCAUUUAUGAAUCCAUAAAAGAAAGGAUUUUACAUUCUUACAAAGAAUUGGGAAUAAAACAAGUAUUGGAAAACAAUGGACAACAACCAUUUGGAAUAAGCCAUCCUCAUUUUACAUUCGCUGAUGGUAGAAGGUCCAGUACAGCUGAAGCAUAUUUACGACCAGCGAAAGGCAGGACAAACUUGUAUAUAACGAAAUACGCUAGGGUUAUUAAAGUUCUUAUAAAUCCACAUACAGCCCGUACCUAUGGAGUUCGAGUACUAUUAAAUUCAGGAGAAACCAUUGUCGUCAAAGCUAAAAAAGAAGUAAUUGUAUCAGCUGGGUCAAUCGACAGUCCAAAGUUGUUGAUGCUAUCAGGGGUCGGGCCCAGUGAAAUAUUAAACAAAUACGAUAUACACGUAAUAUCUAAUCUUCCAGUUGGUAAAUAUAUGCAGGAUCAUAUAAGUGUUCCUUUAGCAGUAACAGGCCGGAAAGGAAUUAAAAUGGCAUUACAAAAUUUGCUUAUUUCAGCUGAAUUAGACUCGAUACCUGUGCCUAUUGUAAAUGGGUUUAUUAAACUCAAUCACACGUAUCACUAUCAUGAUAGAAAUUAUCAUCUAACGCCACAAUUUCAAAUAUUUCAUGCGCAUGUAGGCGCAGCUGCUUCAGUGGGUAUUUUAUACACAUGCCAAAAUAUAAACAUGUAUGAUAGAGACUUUUGUUUUUCUUUAAGUAACGCAAAUACUAUUCGUGAAAUGGACAUCGUUACCUUGGUGCUUUUGCAUCCUUUAUCUAAAGGGCAGGUUAGUUUAAGAAGCGACGAUCACUUAGAUGAUCCAUUAAUAGAAAUGGGCUAUUACAGAAACGUUCAUGAUAUACAACUUGCAGUAGAAGGUAUUAAAUAUUUAGCACGAUUAGCGGAAACAUCGUUUUACAAAAAAGUGGGAGGCGGUAUUGUUAAAUUAGAUGUUAAAGGAUGCGAAGGUAUUAAAUGGGGUACAGAUGAAUACUGGAGAUGUUAUGUUAUUAAUACUGUGAAUACUGUGUUACAUCCCGUAGGCACGUGUAGCAUGGGAAGAGUAGUUGACGAGAGACUGCGUGUCUUUAAUAUACGUGGAUUGAGGGUUGUAGAUGCUUCUGUUAUGCCCGAAAUAACAAGCGGUAAUACUAAUGCGCCUACUAUGAUGAUCGGUGAAAAAGCAGCCGAUAUGAUUAAAGAAGAUUAUGGAGUAUUACAUUGGCAUGAUAAAAAUAAUUAAACAUGAACUGUAAUUAAAAUAAAGUUACAUUAUUUUGUGCA